GCAAACAGAAAUCUACAUCCCUCCGCUCAUUUUCCAUCCCUCCUGUCUCACAAUUUCCAUCUCAACUUCCUCCAUUUCAAGAUGAGACCCUCUCAAGCCCUUGCUCUAGCCUUUGCCGCCGGCCUCAGCCUUGCUCCUGGCGCCGUCGCCGUCCUGGGCACCUCCUGCCUCAGCGCCAUGAACACGCUGCAGGAACUUCCCAUUGAGAUCCUGAAGCACGUCCAGGAACACUCUUGCGCGGCCGGCUGCAAGCCCCAGCUCGGCCACUGGAGCAAGUACGGCAAACAAGCCGUCUUGGAGCCCAUCGUCGAGGACGGAUCCAAGCGAACCGAGCUCCCCGAAGGCAAGGAAGCUAUGGUCGACUAUAUCGACGCGAUUUUCAAGAGCGUGGAAUCCCAAUGCCAUGAUCAGAUCGACGGCAGAGCCCACUUUUGCGACGACGCCGAGAAAAUCAACCCGUUCAUGGAAUGCGCCAGGAAGGAAGUCCACGCCUCUUCCGCCCACGAGCUUCCUAAAUUGACCAAGCACAUGAACGAGAAGUCCUGCAAGAAGGUUGAGGAGUAUGCCAAGAGCCCUGCGCUGUGGGAUGAGGACUUCCCGAAGCAUUUCCAGAACUACGUGGAGAAGUGUGAUGAGUUGUAAUCUGGUUUGAAAAGUGGUGGCGUGUGUGAUGGAUCUGUCUGCGACAUUGUUUCUUUCAGAAUGAUGUAAUACAGCGCCUAUCAAGGGAUUCUGCUGUCGUUUGGGGAAGACCAAUCUAACUUUCUGUUCAUAAUUCUUGGGCUAUUUUACAUCUAAUUUAGCAGUUAACCUAGCGG